AUGAUGAACCCACCUCAACCCGUCGAGGAUGCACAUGCAGAGGAGGUUGCUGCCGAAGCACAUCCGGAAGAUGUAAACCACCAAGAUGAACGAGGACCUCCAAACGAUGAAGUGGCUUUGGACGAUUCCAGCAGCGGCACGAAUUCGGGCAAAAUGUGGCUGAGUGACCAAGAGCGCGAGUGGGCAUUGACAAUCCGAGAAGCCAUUGACAACGACCCGGAACUGGAUUCCAUCAGUGAUUUCCAAUGUGUGCAACUAGCACUGGUAGUCAAACAAGACGCACUUGAAGAUGCCCUGGAACGAGCCCAUCGAUUGCAGUGCUUUCGACAACAGUACGAGAUCCGAAACACCAGCAGCGAUGCCAAGAUGAGACUUCCGAGGUUUCUGGAUUUUUUCCCUGGCUACGUCCUGACAGUGUCUUAUAUGCAUGAUUCUGAUUCCCAGUACUGCUGCAUCGACGCUCGAGCCUUUCAACAGGCAAAAGUCACUUCUGAAGGGGGCUUUUGCACCUUUAUAUCCGGCCUGUACUACAUUUACGAGGGCCUGAAUCCUGACUUUAAAUCCAUGAGAAAUGGAACCAACAUGGUAUUCGAGUGCGGGGGAUUUGACUUCACCAUGAUCAGCCACAAGAUCAGUCGCCGGUUGUGCGAAGAGUUCUAUGCCACGUAUCCCAUCAACUGUCGACAAAUGAACUUCUUUCAUUCUGGCGUCUUUGUGGCAUUGCUACUGUCUCAAAGCAAACGGUUCCUGCCGAAGGAAUUAUCAUCCAAGUUCCACACGGGGUGCGUGUUUGAAGGUGGUAGGCUAGAUUCCUUUUAUCUGUUACCCAACCUAGAGGCGGCCCAAAAACGAGUCUUGGGGCGGACCAUGGAGUGUCUGACAGAAAGAUAUGCGAAUGACGAGAGCUUUCGUCUCUAG